UCCAUGUUUUUCCUCAUCCGGGUACUUCCCUAGCCCACAGACUCCACCGGAGAGCGGCCGAGCGAAGUCGUCGUCCUCCUCGUUCGUCUCUAUGGCCCCGCUCCUUCCGAAGCCUUUUCCGCUUCCUCUCCCGCCCGUGAGGGGGACUUCCGUUUCCGGAUUGGGUCGCUCGUCGAGAGGACCGGGGUAGGCGGAAGGAGGAGCGUCUGGCUUUUAGUGGAAGUGUAACGCGAGCUCCUUUGUGGAUGAACAGUAACGGUCCUGUUUCGUUCUCAUAAGCCAUGGCCUACCAGCUGUACAGAAACACCACGCUGGGGAACAGUCUUCAAGAGAGCCUGGAUGAGCUCAUACAGUCUCAGCAAAUCACCCCUCAGCUCGCCCUUCAAGUGCUACUUCAGUUUGACAAAGCCAUCAAUUCCGCAUUGGCGCAGCGGGUCAGAAACAGAGUCAAUUUCAGGGGCUCACUGAACACAUACAGAUUUUGUGACAACGUCUGGACGUUUGUACUGAACGAUGUCGAAUUCAGAGAAGUCACAGAGCUGGUGAAAGUGGAUAAAGUGAAGAUCGUAGCCUGCGAUGGAAAAAAUACCGGUUCCAACACAGCCGAGUGAAGAGGAAAGCGGGCGUCCGUGCCAGCGUUCGUCUUGUUGGGCCGCGCCCCCCU